GAGAGAGGCUUCCCACGCGAUCGAUCGCUAUUAAUCCAGAUGUAAAUAAUAUUGUACGUAAUUAAGCCGGCGAGCAACUCAAAGGGAUCUAGAACAAGGCUUGAGAAAGAGUUAUUCGAGAGAGCCUUUUUACGCAACUCCGUUUGCUCUCUCUCUCCUUUCAAAAUCAUGACCUCAAUAAUGCAUCGUCUAAUUAUUCCCUUAAGCGGAAAAGGGAUUUUAUAAACCUCGAAGUUUUCCAAAAAGGACGGUAAUCCUGACGAGAUUACGGCCAGGCAGACGCGCAGACGGUGCGCCACAGGAAAUUCGUACCGUCGCUAAUAAUCGAAUAGAGCGUCAUCGAUUUUUCGGCUGCGGAAGUGGACGCUUAUCUGUUUACACGUAUUUCGCCGACAAUCAUCGGCGGCGAUUGAAUUGCGAAUGGGCCACCCCGAACGCGGCGCACGUGGCGGUCGGAGCAGCAAAGUGUCGAAGCGGGCAAAGCCCCUCGAUCCCGAUGAGGACGACUACUACUACGACGAUCCCGUGGACGAGAGGAACAAUCCGACGAACGAGGCGCCGGCCGUGCCGCCCGGAUUCCUGAGCCCGUCCGUGCGGGAGUACCUCGAUCUCGGUAAAUCGAUACCCGGUCGACCAGGUACGGAUUAUCCGGUGCUGGGAAAGGUGCCUUACACCAAUUUCUACUGCGACGACCAGUCCUUCCCCGGCUUCUUCGCCGACGUAGAGACGAGAUGCCAGGCGUGGCAUUAUUGCGACAUAGACGGCCGACAGGCAACGUUUCUCUGUCCGAACGGCACGCAAUUCAGUCAAGCGGUCUUCGUCUGCGACUGGUGGUUCAACGUGAGGUGCGAGCUCAGCCCGAAGCUCUACGCCAUCAACAGUCGACUUUACGGUACGCCCACCGAGAGCCCGACCAGACCUCACCGACUGAUCACGAAGGAGCUUCUGGAGAAUAUCUUCGUGCGUAGAAAAUGAAGGGGGCGGACGUGCAGCACGCGAUACUCGUCUCUCGAAGUAAAAGGAGAAGGAAGAGAAGAAAGAGAGGGGAAACGCGAUCGUCGUCGCCCUAAGAGAAGAGUACUCUCCCCGCGAUACAAGAAAUUGCGAAAGUGUCCGCAAGAUUACCGACGCUUCAAAAAAUCCCAUCUAGCGAAUAUCUUCAAAUACACCGUGGAAUAUAAUAUUCUUUCGCUUCUUUAAUAAGCCCGUGAGUCAUACGCUCUCCCUGGGUAGUCACCCGGAGACUCUUGAUUUUUCAUAUCUUUCAUCGAAACCGAUAGCGGUCAACUGUCUCAUCAUCGAUCACGACGAGUCAGCGUGGGAUUCAUAUCUAGGCGCUGUCACGACGGCAGAACUUUUCAAGGAAAUGAGGAGACACUCGAGAGCACGCGACGUCGAUAGCCGAUUACGAAGAGAAUAAUGCCGGCGCGAUUAUCCGUGACAAUCGUGAAUUCUGCGAAUGUCGAAAGGUCGUCGCGAGAGAGUAUCGCGGGCGACGUUCGAUCGAAGCUGCUGAAGCGUCCAGGAAGAUUACCGGUGAAUAAAUCUUUGUCCAAUAAAUAUCGAAGCGAUUUUCGCCAAAGGCGAGGAGCGUUUCUCUUAUUUCGGAGCGGGAGAGAAUGAAGAGGAGGUUCGUCGUGAUGAGCACCACUGCGUCAAUAAAAGAGGAAGCGGAGGUGGAGCGCGACUUCCGUCUGCGAUCGGCCUUCCCUUCUCGGCGGAAGGAAACCACCCGACGCGGAAAACGUCCUGUACUCUCGAACUGCGGUUCUUAAUCGUUGAUGAGAUCCCGCUCGAGACUGCGAGAGAGCCGAGAAGCGUCUUCCUUCAUGUCUUCUUUCGAUCGAUGCUUUACGGACAUCCUUCCUUGACGGACAUCUUUAUCUCUCUCUCUCUCUCCUCUCUCUCUCUCUCU